AUGCUUCCCAUUCUGCUGGUAAUACUGAUACUAUACCAUGCUGUGCCACCUAUGGCCGCCCAGCUAGAGGCAUGCGACGAAAAUAACCUCGGCGAUUAUCGGGAACUGUACUUGAAAACCCACAACGAUUACAGACUCUCACUUGCAAAAGGACAAGUAGAAGCAGAAUCCGGGAAACUGCCAGGAUCGGAAAGCUUGUUCAAAUUUAAGUAUAACUGCCAACUCGAAGGGCUCGCUAUGGCUGUUGCUAUGACAUGUGAACGUAAACCUUUGUUAAACAUGAAACAACUCGGAUAUGGUCAAAACUAUUACUGGACUAGAAAAGUCAACAAUGAUAUAGUAGACGCCGUAGACAAGGUUCAAGAUCGUUUCAAUUUUGCUGUUGAAGAAUGGUGGUAUACGGUAGAGGAUGCGAAAAUCGGUCCAGAUGUCAUAUAUGACGAUGAAGCGGUGGAGCCAUUUGCAAACAUAGCUUACAACAAAUCGAUAUCCUUUGGGUGUUAUAACAAUCGAUGUGGAUCCGAUCCUUACAGUCUCGCUACGGCCUGUGUAUACGGCGCCAUUCCUGAAACGGGGAAACCGCUGUACUUACCUGCAGAAACCACAGAUGGCUGUACCAACCAUACAACGUGUAGCGACCUAAAUGGUAAAUGUAUUCCCGCAGGUGACGCGUCAGGACUUGGAGGACUCUGCGGGACGGAUUUAAAGCAAGUAACAGAUGCACCGGCUGCAGACACAACAGAAAACACCACACCAGUAACAUCGGCUACAGACGAAACUACGGUGGACUCGACAACAGCUGAAACUACGGUGGACUCGACUACAACCACAGUCACAUCGACUACAGUCGAAACUACAGUGAAAUCGGCUACUGACGAGACUACGGUAGAAUCCAAUACACAACAAACGACUGUUGCACCAACAACAGCUGCUAGUGAAAUGGAUGAAACAAUACGAAAAGAAAUACUUCGCACGCACAACGAUUACAGAUCACUGCUUUCUCAAGGGUAUGUUAGAAAUGGGAAAGUAGGAAAGCCAAAUCUUCCAACAGCUACCAAUAUGCUCACAAUGAAAUACGAUGAGUCUAUGGAAACGGAGGCUCAAGCGUAUGCGGAUCAGUGUAGUCUCGUUGGAUCUGGUCCGAAUUCGGGCCAAAACACUCAUGUCAUUAAAUCAACAUCGGUUACUGCGCUCGAUGCAUUUAAGCAGUCUAUGCGAACAUGGUGGGAACAGAUCUCCUCAACCUCCGUGGGAUCAAAUUUGAAAUACACUGACACCUUAGAAGAGAAGAAAAACGCACCCACGAGUUUCACUCAGAUGGCGUGGGCUGAAACCUACAAAGUCGGAUGCGGGAUAAAACGCUGCUCCUCCAAAACCUUCGUAGUCUGCCGCUACGAUCCACCUGGAAACAUCCUCGACAAAAACAUCUACGUACAAGGCGCUAUCUGUGGAAUUUGCCGAAGCAACUGCAUUGCAGCACUCUGUCCAACACCUGAAAACUAA